GCCUGGAUUCGGGGGCGGGGCUUGGUGCGGACCCCGCCCCGGUCCGUCCGUGAAUACGCUCCGGAGGCAUAGGCCAACGCGCAGCCUCGCCCGGCGCUGCCUGCAGGCUCCUCUGUGGCCCGGCGGGUCCGGUCGCCGGCGCCGAGAUGCGCCCCCUGCUUGGCUUCCUGCUGGUCUUCGUCUGCUGCACCUUCGCCCUGUACUUGCUGUCGACGCGACUGCCCCGCGGGCGGACGCUGGGCCCGGACGAGGAGACUGGAGGCAGGUCACUGUGGUUCCCCUCAGACUUGGCCGAGCUGCGGGAACUUUCUGAGGUCCUUCGAGAGUACCGGAAGGAGCACCAGGCCUACGUGUUCCUGCUGUUCUGCAGUGCCUACCUCUACAAACAGGGCUUUGCCAUCCCUGGCUCCAGCUUCCUGAACAUUUUAGCUGGUGCUUUGUUUGGACCAUGGCUGGGGCUUCUGCUGUGUUGUGUGUUGACAUCAGUGGGCGCCACAUGCUGCUAUCUGCUCUCUAGUAUUUUUGGCAAACAGCUGGUGGUCUCCUACUUCCCUGAUAAAGUAUGCCUGCUGCAGAGGAAGGUGGAAGAGAACAGAAACAGCUUGUUUUUUUUCUUACUGUUUUUGAGACUUUUCCCCAUGACACCAAACUGGUUCUUGAACCUCUCAGCUCCGAUUCUGAACAUCCCGAUUGUGCAUUUCUUCUUCUCUGUUCUGAUCGGUUUGGUCCCAUACAAUUUUAUCUGUGUGCAGACAGGCUCCAUCCUGUCAACUCUGACCUCUCUGGAUGCUCUUUUCUCCUGGGAAACAGUCUUCAAGCUUUUGGCCAUUGCUCUGGUGGCCUUAGUUCCUGGAACCCUCAUUAAAAAAUUUAGUCAAAAGGACCUGCAUUUGAAUGAAAUAAGCAACACUAAUCAUCUAAACAGUAGAAAGGACACGUGAUCUGGGUUUUUGGUUGCCAUGUCUUUGGACUUUGUUGUUUGUUUGUAUAAUGGGUGUGGUCCUGUGCAGCCGUCAUUGUUUUUUAAUUACCCUCAACAGGUGAUUUUGGACACUAUAUAUCUGUGUGCAGUGUUUUUAUAAAGGACGCUCUGUUCUAGAAGGUGAACUGUAUCAGGUUCUCAAACCAGUCCUGGUUUAGCAGGGCACUCCGUUAAACGGAUGGCCUUCUAGAAAAUCCUAUUUGUAUUUUGUUGAAAAACAAGGAACUCAGGAUGGUCUGUUGUAUUUGUCUCUCAGCAAGCCCUGCGCUGCUUCAGGAGAGGAUGCUGAUUGUCCUUAUCCAGAGUGCCUCUUCUGCAAAGUGAUAGGCUGUUGUGACAGGUGUUCUGUUAAAUCCCUGGUGGAUGUUACUGGUGUAAAUGAUGUGAACCCACAUCACUGACAUUACCUUUUAUCCUGUUAGUCUCAUGGAGAGUGUUUUCUUCUGUUUUUUUUUUUUGUUUUUUUUUUGUUUUCUUUUUUUUUGCCAAUGACCUACCUCUUCCAUAAGCCAAGGGGAACUAGCUGACAAACUGCAUAGAACUUUCACAUACAACUCAAAUGCACAGUGAUUUCUGUGAUGCUUUGUGUUCAGAGGCACUUAUGUUACCAAACGUGUCAAAUCUCUUGGUUGCGUGUUCUGACAAUUCAGCUGAUUACAAAUAGACUAUUAAAUAUGAAUGCAGCAAAUUCUGCAUGUUAUGGGUAUAUUCUGGGGACAUUCUUAACCUGUCUGAAUGGGGCAGGGCCCCUUGACUCACUGGAACCAAAUGACCUGUCGGUACAUUUUCUAAUCUGUCCUUUCUGCGUGGGAAUCCUGUCUCUGUCCUGCUAGGAGAAUGGAUUCAGUACACUCAGCUAUCAGCCAGCAUAGCCUCUGAAUUUUUUUCAUUUUGUCAUUUGUCAAGAAUAACUGAGGAGUAAUUCUAUUUUAUCUUUUAAUCCAAGGGGGAGAACUUGGUUUUGGAUUACUGUGUUGUGUUGUAUUUUUAAUGAUCUGUAGCUGCUGCUGCUGCUUACAGCUGCAGUACUGAACUGGCACAGACCUGGGUUAAUGCUUCCAAGUACAGCAGGACCUUGGCACCUACGCUGACCAUCUCUGGGAUCCUGUACCGUACAGGACUAACUCGCCAUUUCUUACCAGAACCGUUGCUGUUGGGCAUCCUCUGCUGGGUUUUGAUUUGGUGCGGCCAAGAAUCUUGCCAAGGCUUUCCCUCAAGCCACGUGUUCUGCAUGAAUUCUUGAGAAUACUGUUCAGGAGGAAGAAUGAAUUCCUAAGCAGUGUUUUUUGGACAGGGUAUGAUCCAAAAAACAUGACAAGGACUUCAUUUUUAAAGGCAUAUUGCUUUAGAAGAAGCAUGCUUACAGGAGCGGGGGUGAGGAGAAGGCUGUGUGAAAUCUGUGGCUCUUUGUGUUCUGGAGGAGCAGGAGGCAAGGGGAAGCCAGUAUGUUUUCUACACGACUGCAAGUGUGUGCCCUUUAUCAAGAUCCUUAUGUUUGUCUCACUCCCUCUCGCCUCAUGAUUUUGCUACACUGUGCCUUACCAGUUGUGAGUUUACAGGCAAAGCAAUUUCCCAAAUAAAUGGAUAUAAACGUUCUGUA